AUGGCACCAUCGGCGCAUCUGACUUCAGUCACGAAUUGUGAUGAGGAAAGUGCUGAAAAAGUGCAAGGGGUAUACCAAAGCCUUGCGCCCAGGCUCGCUAAUCCUUCUCCCCUUGCCAUGGGCGGUUUUGCAACGAGUCUUCUCACCGUUUCUCUUGCUAUGAUGGGCUUCCGAGGCGUUUCGAACCAGACCGUCUUCGUCGGAGACCUAUGCUUCGUCGCCUGCAUUGCGUUACUUAUAUCGGCCCAGUGGGAGAUGGUGCGUGGUAAUACCUUCUCGUACACAGUACUCAGUGCCUUCGGCCUUUUUUACGGUGGCUAUGGUGCAAUAAUGAUACCCUCUUUGGGUGUCGCCGAAGCAUUUGGCGGCUACACGCCUGAAUAUUACAAUUCCAUGGGCUUUUUUAUUUUAAUUUGGGCUGUUCUCAAUAUCUUCUUCCUCGUAGCAAGCGUUGCCUUUAAUAUCGUAUACAUUUGCAUAUUCCUCACUAUUGAGCUUUGCUUUACUCUUGAAGCAAGCUCAUACUUUACACUUGCGGAUGGAAAUGCGAACUUGAGUGUCGCGCUUAUGAAAGCCGCUGGAGUGUUCGGAUUUUUGGCAGGAUUGCUAGGCUUCUAUGCGACGGCACACUAUUUAUGUCAAGAUGUCCUUCCAUUCGAUAUUCCAAUGGGAGACACUUCUAGAGUAGUAAAGCGGUGGACAAAGGCAAAGAAUGUAGUAUAGGAAAAAUAGAGUGCUGUAGUGCUACGAGCGUCGCUCAUAUUGUUGACGGUGAAGGCAAUGAGCAGAAGUGCCAACCUUGCUAGUACCAUGACUCAAAUAUUACAUGGCCCGUGUGACAUCUCAGUGGGUAGUCCGCAACAGAUGGAGGCGAUCAUUGAAGCUAACCAGGGGAAGCUUCGGCUGCAUUAUCGUAAGAG